AUGUCUACCGCAGCAAGGCGCCGUUUGAUGCGUGACUUCAAGCGCAUGCAGACAGAUCCUCCCGCAGGAGUUUCAGCUUCCCCUAUUCCCGACAAUGUCAUGACAUGGAAUGCCGUCAUCAUCGGGCCCGCAGACACACCGUUCGAGGACGGAACAUUUCGACUGGUCAUGCAAUUUGAGGAACAGUAUCCCAACAAGCCGCCACAAGUCAAGUUCAUCAGCCAAAUGUUCCAUCCGAACGUUUAUGCCACAGGGGAACUGUGUCUCGAUAUCCUACAAAACCGAUGGAGUCCAACAUAUGACGUAGCGGCUGUGUUGACGAGUAUUCAGAGUUUACUGAAUGACCCGAACACCGGAUCGCCCGCAAACGUCGAAGCGUCGAAUCUAUACAAAGAUAAUCGCAAAGAGUACACAAAGCGGGUGAGGGAAACUGUCGAGAAAAGCUGGGAGGACUAG